ACUGUACCCAAACGCCUGACGGGCGCCGCACCUGGCGCACCUGCAACAGCUGCGCGGCCAGAAAAAUCCCUUCACGACUCGCUCUAUCAAGCAUUCCGGAUCACCACGUCACCGCAUCACCAGCACCGCCUCAGCUUUCGGCUCCUCUUCCGGAAGACAUUCUGCGCCACUCAAUUAAACCCCUCUUUCUCACUUUAGCAACCCAACAUGGCAAACCCCCAGUCCAGUCUGCUUGACCCCGCCAUCUUUACCCAUCUCGAAAGCAAGCUCGAAGAGGAGACUCAAGUGCGCGAUGCCCUCACGCAAUUGAUUCAGCGCCUCGACCGAGCAGUAUCUGCUGCUCAAGGCCUUCUGUCUCGAGUCCACUCUACCCCCAGAGCAAACUAUCCCGCACUGGUAUCACAAGUAGAAGCUGCCGUCAAGGAGGAAAGUUCAAUUGUGGCUGAGCUCAACGAAGUCGCCUCCAAGCAUCCUUACUACAAGUACAACUCCAAGUGGUCGCGCACCAUUCAAAAUGCCAUAGGCACCACCAUCUACUGCGGUUGGUUGGGAGGUUUCGCCUCUCCCGAAACCUCCGAGUCUCUUGGUCGUCUUUUGACGCUCGAAGAGGUCGGUUCCAUUUUCUCAGUUCCUACCAAUGUUAAGGAUCGGGACGUCUUCCAUUUCACUAUCGAAGAGUACCUGUUAUCACUAACAGAGCUUACUCAAGAACUGGGUCGUCUCGCUACAAACGCCGUUACUCUGGGCGACUUUGAGCUACCCAUGACCAUUAGUGCCUUCGUCAAGGACCUGUUUGCCGGCUUCCAGCUACUGAACUUGAAGAACGAUAUUCUGCGCAAACGAGCCGAUGCCGUCAAAUACGACGUAAAGCGUGUUGAGGAUAUUGUUUAUGACCUGAGCUUACGAGGCUUAGUCCAGCGGCCGACUGCGGAUGCUGAGAUGAAGAGCACAUGAUUAGGUGAAAGCACUGGAUACAAGUAAAAGAAUUAAUUUUAUAUUUCGUUUUUGGUAUAAUUAUAUUGCGUGGUCAAUGAAAUUAGCAAACCCGAACUGAUACAAUACGGGGUAUUAGCAUUCGAAUUUUAUCGACGCCCAUCCAAAACCAAACGUCUAGUUUUGUUACUCCUUCUUUUCGCCAACGCCUAAUGAAUCAACAAUAGUUAUACACAUCCGAAUUUCGGUAUAUCUUUGUAAAAUAGAACAUCAUGAAAUGUCACCCAAGUGACAUGCUGCUUCUCCAGCUCUUAUCGUAAAAAAACACAUUGAUAGAUGAUUGACUAAUGCAAUCGCGUGCCGAACUGUACAUCUUCGUUUCAUCUCCACGAACUCUUUUAGUCAUGUCGGAAUGUACAUUGGUCACCACGGGCGCAUUUACCCUGCUGCCAGAAGGUACACGCUUUGGUACCAAUAAGAGCUUUGUUGGCUGGCUUAUGAGGUGGCAGCGUAGGCUUCUUUUUACGCCCGUCCUUGUAGUCGUCUCUAUACGACGACCGAUCGUAACGGUCAUGAUCGCCGUCGUUGUCUCUGUCUCUGUCCGAGUUAUGCGACAAGUGGUUUGAUGCAUUCGCUUGGCUCUGCGCCAUCUGGGACAAGAGCUGCAUCGGAUCAGAAUAUCCUCCUAGCGCCGCCUGAACUGGUGGUGGUGGGGGCACAGCACCUCCCUGUUGCUGUGGGCCUUGAUUAAUGGCAGCCAAAAUGGACUGAAGCUGUGAAUCAUCCAUCUGCGACUGUGUUGGUGCGGCGGCCUGCGGUUGGUUGCCCAUCAUCUGCUGAAGUAUAGACAUGUAUGGUGCCAUCUCAGGCUGCUGCCCAUAGUAUGAUGUCCAAUCUUGGUUCGGGACGCCGGUUGCACGUUGGUCAUUGCCUUGCAUCUCGGCGUUUGCUUUCCUUUGCUUCGAUGCCAUCUCCUUAUUAUAGCCAAACCACCACUCCUUGCUUUUCUCUUCAAGAUGUGCCAUCCAGUCUGGUGGUGAGGUGGGAGGAUAUGGCUUGCUGGCGAGAUACUUGCACAAUGCCUCAAUCACGACACCCGCAGCUUGAGAUGUAGCAUCAUUAUAAGAAUAGGGUCUAGACAUGUCGAGUCGCAUAGGGUUCGGAUCGGUCCACGUUUUGACUCUAUCGGAACGUAACCAACCAAGCACUUGUUCCUCGACAGCGCGGCCGGUAACAAGUGGCACAUUAACGCUCGCGCCAUUUUUAGCACCAGACUGUGUGGAUGUCGCCGCAACUUCCUUUAGGCGACCCAAGAUCGUAUCAAGCCCAGCCGAUGACUGACUUGUAGAGUCUAGGCGGCCCAUAGCUGAGUAAAAGGCACCGUCUCUGCCCAUCUGUUGCUCGUCCGCCCAUCGGCGCUGAAUUUCUGUAAACUUUGGGUCAUUGCUGGGAAGCUGGCAUACUUUAGGCUCGAGAGUGCGGGUUUCAGACAACAGAGGAGAUCUCGGCGAAGUGGGGAUAUCAGAUGGAUCGGUAUAGAUAGCCAUAAGCUCACGCAGCUCCCUCUCCGCGAUUACCGUUUGUUCAUCAGUAGAAAAUGUCACCUGGCCACCACGCGUAACAUAAUUCUUCUCCUUUGCAGUAUCUGGAAGCAGUGACAAGUCGGCGAGCGUGGGCUCAACCCAAGGUUGAUAUGGGACGUCGUCAUCGUCUUCAUCGUCUUCCAUCUCGACUCUUUGCUUCAGAACCAUACCCUCCGAUUUAUCAUCGGCGGCAUCGCGAAUCAUAUUGCUCUCACGACCUUCAUCUUCUGCGUCAUGCUUGUGGAAGAUCUUGACUUGUACCAGGUCUUCGUCGGGUUUCCAUGUGACUCUUAACUUGCUUCGAGCAAGCUUUCUAGCACGACGGGCGCUAUCUUCAGGAGUUCCAGAAUCUUCGGAUUCGGUAACAUCUUUCGUCGAUGCAAUGGCAGCCGGUUCCGGUGCUUUUGCAUUAAUGGAAUCCAACAGUGAUGCGAUACCCGUAACAACUGAGGUACUUGUCGAUGAAGGUGCCUUGGUUGGUGCUGCCUUUUCAGGCUUGGUAACCGGUGCAACGUCUCCUUUGGCUGGUGCUUUGGCCUCUUCUUCCUGGAUUUUGUUUUCGGCUGUGACAGGGGGCGCCGGUUCAACCUUUGCGGCCGGUUUCGCCAGAGGCUUUGUCUUCGCAGGCACUGCGGCAGCGGCCUUUGGCGCUGUAGAUGGUCUGGAUGAUAGUUUCUUGCUCAAAGAGCUGCCAGUAGACUCGACAGCUAUCUUCUUCACAGUCCUAGUAUCCGCAUCAUCAUCGCGGCUACGCUUUGCAGGCUGUGCCUCAGCAGCCUUGGGUGGCGCCUUUGCUCUGCUUGCGGCAGAAGUUCCUGUAUAACCAGUUGCCGUGUCAAGCUCGCCCUUGAACUUCUUGGCUUUGGCUGAAAUCUCGCGCACCAUCUCCUUAACGUCAUUAUCUCCCUUAUCUUCCAGCCUCUUUAAUACCGUGUCAAAAUUAGUUGUUUCAGCAAUCUUUCGAGUCAUUCGGAAGUGGGUGAAGAGCUCGAGCACUAUUUUCGGCAGCUGGCCACUAAAGUCUCCCAGUUUAAUGCAGCCAAUGAGGGCAUUAAUCAAACUGGAGAUCAUCCUCUGAUGGCCGCCAAGAUUAUCCAUAAUUGCGUCAUCAGCAUAUUCAACAGUGGCAUCAAGAGCCUUAUAGAACGCCUUCUUUCGUCCUUCAGCUUCUGCUUUAAGCCUUGUGACUUCUUGUUCAGGCUUCUUGUCUUUAACUGCUUCGUCGGCUUCAUUUCUGCUCUUGUUCAUUUCUGCCCUGAGUUUGAUAAACAAAUCUGCCGUUUCUUGCACACGUGUGGCGAUGAGCGAACUGGUUCGGGUUGUAGAUUCGUCUAGUUGGACAAUGCCAAUUACAUCCCAUUCGGCCGCAUCGGCAAUAUCUGUAGGUCUCGUCGCUGGGCGUGCUGGCUUUUGACUUCCCUUCUUAACUUUCUUCCCGGCUUUAUUCUUUAAGGCUUCAUCAGAUUUGAGCUGCUCCUUAAAAGAGUGUGGAUACUCGGUAUAUUUCGGUCGACGCUUUCCAAGACUUUUCAUAGAUGCUUCGAACUUGUCGAGUAACAAUUUCGACUCCGUCUUUCGAUCUUCUAAUCCACUCUUUUCCGGUGAGGGCUGAAAGUCGUGAGUAAAGUGACCUUGAAUCUCGCAGGGGAGCUCAUAGCCAAUGCCCGGCAUAAGGUGGUUGCCCGAGCGAGAAGGGAGUGCUACCAGAGGAGCCAGCUUAUCGUAGGUCUUGGGUGCAGGAAGUGUCAUGAGCCCCUGGAAGGCAAGGUGAGGUACGCCAGCUAUCGGUGCAGUUCGAGUUUGUCCGGUUCUAAGUCGGAGAUCUGCCUGAGAGAGAAGCUGCAUUUCAUCAUUAUUAGACACUGGCGGAGCAAACGAGUCAAUUUCAGUAGGCUUCUUGGAUGUUGACGUAGUAGCGGCUGGUGUAGCCAAGUUUGGCGAAGCGGCAUCGACUGAUCUUUUGCGCUUCUUUACAGAAGACUGAUCAGCAAUUGGUGGGGGUAUAGCGAUGAACUGAGUCUGGUUUGGCGCGUUUGGUGCCGGCGCAAGCUGAGGCUGAGGGGUCUGCUGGGAGAAAACAUGCUGGGACGAGUGUUGUGCCUGGUUUGCCUGAGGUGGCAUGGCUGCUGUAGACUGCUGUUGCUGUUGUUGCUGUUGUUGUUGUAAUUGUUGCUGUUGCUGUUGCUGUUGCUGUUGCUGUUGCUGUUGUAACUGCUGCUGUUGCUGUUGUAACUGCUGCUGCUGCUGAUACAAGUUUUGGAAUUGAGCCUGGUCUUGAGGAAAGCCUUGCUGCUGUCCAAAUGAGCCUUCAUGCUGCGGCGUUGGCCUCCCGGUUGAGUACUGUGUACCCAUCUGAUUGAGCUGUAUCUGAUCUGGGCGCUGCAACACGUGCUGUUGAUACGCCUGUUGCUCAAACCCCGUUCCAUUCUGUUGCAUAUAUGCCAACUGCUCGGGAGUUAUUGUCUGGCCAGAUGAACUGGUUGCUGGCUUGUUAUGGGAGAACGCUUGAGCAGGAUAACCAUUGUUACUAGUAUUGCCAAAAGGGCUCUCUCCAUGAAUAUUCGGCUCGAGAUCGGUUCCUAGCAUCGUGUUUUGUUGCGUCGCGGUAUCGUAGAAAUUCGAGGGCAAUGCGCCGGCUUGUUGCGACCAUGCCUGUGCUUGGUCAAAUUGCGCGUUUUGACCAUUGUAGGCGAACUGCUGCGGCCAGUUAUUCUGGCCGCUGCCGUCGUCUUGGCCUUGAUUCGGCCACGACUGCAUGUUGGCAGAGCGAGGGAGUACGGAUUUAGGAACAAGCAAUCAUGGGCCAGAGUAACGAGAAGUUUGCUAGAGGGCGAAUUAGUUUAGUUAAAAUAGCACUGGAAAUGCCUUGCAUCUCAGCGCACCGCCAAUUUUGCAGUGAGUGCAAAGGCGUUUAUUGCAGUGUUAAAAGCUUGGAGAGAUGGUUUGACUUGUUGUUCUGAGCAUCCGCCAAAGUGUACUCACCCGAAGAAAUACUGUGCGUCGGUACCUGAGUAGGUGGGCGUGACAGAGCGACGCUAAGCCGAAUCGGGACGGGUCGUGAACGGGAAGGGCAAGAUAGUCUAAACAGGAGAAACAAGUGACAAAAUUAGCGCUGUUCUGGAGAAAUUUUGGCGAGUGCGUGUCUGGUUAUUGAUUGGUGAAAUUGGUAGUAAAGAUGAUAGGGACAUCGUGGUGAUGGGCGACGCAAAACAGCAAUCCGCCAUCGAACGUGCAGCAUGCGGCAUGCAGCCCGUAGUCAAGGCGGGCGUUUCUCAGCAAAUCGCCAGCAGCCACCCGCGAUGAUGUCAAAAGCAGAGCCGUGUCCAAUAAAGACGUGAGAUUCAUAUCUUCUUUUCUUGCAAACUGCCGCUGAGUUCGUAGCUGUUGUGCCCGGCAACAACAGCGUGACGGCAGGUUUUGAUAUUAUGUCUCCGUCGAGGAGUAUCACCACAGGAGCAACACUGUGAUCCGAUACCGCAACCGACAAAAGCAGAAUUCACUUGCCAGAUAGCGUAUCAGCCGCCGUUUAAUACACGGCAUAGAAUCAUCACGGCGUCCUAUCGACUGCUCGGAUGUUGUUCUAUAGCUGACAGCCUCUAGCAAGGCCAGACUGCGACCUGUCGACCGUGGCUUAUCGGGAUUUCCCACUUAUUAUGGUGUUAAACAGCUCAUUAACUUUCCAUCGGUAUAAUGGACGGCUUGGUUUAUCCAGGCGGUAUGCCAUCACGAAAUACUGUGCUGAGUCGCAUUAUAUCACACAGUGGUAGGUGUAGAUUGGAAGGUGAGGUAGAAAAACAGCCCAGAGAGCCUGGGACGGAGAACGAAUGCAUACCCAAUAAGUUCACGAUGCUGCUAAUGCAACUUUACUUCUCGUGAUAGAAGAAUAUUUAUGGUCGAAGCCUUGCGAUACUCUCGAGGCGCUGUUUAGCAGUGCCAGCAGAUUGCGACCGACCAGAUUUAGCCGAAGCGUUGGAGAUGAUAGUCGGCUUGAAACAAUUCUCGCGAGACUCUCCUUCCUAUUAAAACAUAAAGAGCGCGCUUGCGAGAUAAUAUCAAUGCCACCACUUAUGACGCCAGGACGGAAUUAUCGGUGUCGUUGACGGGGAAUUUAGAGAAGAUGGCUGGGCCGC